GUGCCCGACAAUAGUUUUGUUUGACUUACGAACCUAAUGAGAUGCAAACAAUGCCGCGCUGGCCUGGCAUCGGAGAAUCGGAACCGGGGAUUGGAAUGCGCACGGCAGUAUUCUUCCCGGUUUUCGGACAGACGAAGAUGAACGUGACCAGCCUGCUGAACUUCGAGUCGAUGAAGUACAUUGGCGCCCAGACGCAGGCGGCGGCCAUAAAUCACCACGUGGCCCAGGCACUGCGCGUCUUCAUCGAGGACUUCUACCAGCGGAUCGCGCCCGCCUUCAUCGUGAUCCUCUCCUGCCGGCGACCCAGUCCCAUGAACUUCUACCGCAACAUCAUGCAGCUGCUCUACGAGAGCGUGGACACCAUGAUCGUCCAGCUGGUGCUGGUCGAGUUCGGUCAUCUGCAUCGCCGCAUCGAGGGACCCAGGACGCACAACCUGCUGUUGGUGGACUCGCUGGAUGCGCUGCUGGACAUUGAGAUCCACACGUAUACAGCGCAGUCGGAUGCCAGCGAGUACUACUUCAUCUUCCUGCAGCAGCGGGACGCACUGAUUCCGCAUGACAUGCAGGGAGUGUUCGCGUACUGCUGGCGCCACCAGCUGAUCAACUGCAACGUGAUGACGCAGAGUUCCGGCGGGCAGGUGCUGCUCCACACGUACUUUCCCUACGCCCCGGGGAGAUGCAACAGUUCCCAGCCGACGCGGGUCAACCAGUUCCUCGGUGACGCCUGGCAGAGUCGCGACUACUUUCCCUCCAAGCUGCACAAUCUCAACGGAUGUCCUCUGAUGGUUUUGGCCAGGCGGGUGUCGCCCUUCUUCGAACUGGACGACGGAAAGAGGGAGCUCCGGGGUCUGGAGGGACGACUGCUGCAGGAGUUGUCGCGCAGGAUGAACUUUAGCAUUCAGUUCGUGGGAGUGCAGGAGCAGCAAAGGAACCACACAACCUGGUCGGAAAGACAGCUGCUCCACAAGUUGGUUCAGGGACGCAUUGCCCACCUGGCGAUUGGUUAUGUGAGGAAGCGCAUCCAGUUCUCUGCAAAUCUCACUCCCGUAUUUCCCCACUACUCCAAUCGCCUGGUGGGCUGCCUCCUGCUCAACGCCCACAACCUGACCAGCCUGGAGAUCUGGUCCUUCCCGUUUCAGGCUCUCACUUGGCUGUGUCUGCUGCUCUUCGCCAGCUGGCUGUGCUUCGGUUUGAUCGUGAGGUCCAUGUACUCGGCCCUGCUGUUCCUGAUCCUGCGCUAUCACCUGCACCAGCGACUGCCGGAGGACCUGCCCGCCUUGGCCGAUGGUGGCUAUGCGGCGGUGAUGAGUCGGGCCACCUUGCAGGAUCUGAGGGAGGUGCCCAGUCUGCAGGAGCUGCUGGGCCUCAAGACCCUGGUGGUGUCCUCCGAACGGGAGGAGGAGGUGCUGCUCCAGUUGGACAGGAGCUCGCUGCGCGAGGGAGCCGGUUCGCAUCCCCGGUUCGUUGGCCUGCUCUCCCUGGACGCACUGCUCCAUCUCACCCAGCGCGGCCAUCGGGCGGGCGCGUACCACAUUAUUCCAGAGCAAGUUCUGGAGCAGCAGCUGGCCAUCUACCUGCAGAAGCACUCGCAUUUGGUGGCCCACCUGGACCAGCUGGUCAUGUCCAUUCGAUCGGUGGGCCUCGUUCACCACUGGGCGGGUGAGGUGGCCAGCGAGCGGUAUUUCCGCAGUCGAUUCCUCUACCGGGAGAAGCGCAUCCAGCUGCCGGAUCUGUAUGCGGCGUACGUCUUAUCAGCAGGACUCUAUCUUCUAUCGGUGGUCGUCUUCAUCUGCGAACUCUUGGCAGCCAGACGAGCAGGAAACGCUGGGAUCUAAGGAACAUGUAUUUAAUAUAUUCUAUAAAUAUAUUUUGCUUGAG